UCAGCAGUGAAGUUCGUUGCAUUUGGUAUUAACCUAGCGUACGGAUUCUAGCUGCGUACUGAUCACGGCAUUAUUCCCCGUUAGCUGCUUUUCGUACCUUGUAAUUGAUCCAGGGUCACACCGCUUAGUCCAAAGUAAUCCACUAUGAUAGAUUCCAAAAAAAUAAUAAUGAUGAAUACAGCUAUUGUUAUUGUUUUAAUGCAAUUAAAAUGAAGUAAAAAAAGUUUACUAUGCACACUUAAGUUUACUAGAAGAUCGUGUGAUGCGAUAGCUACAGCUUUACUGACAAACGGAUCUAUGGCGGACCUGUGUUUAACGUGUUGCCGGAAGUCUUCAGUCGUACAAAUAUUUGAUCAAUUUUAUAAUUGAACUUUACAGUCCGCAUUUUAAAUGCUUGUCUGCGUACUUUGUCGCAUUUAUUUUGCUGACUUGUGAGAAAUGAAACCCAGUGACUCGCAAUGACUGUAUUUGCUCUGUGUAGAGAAGUGCAUGCCUUUAGGGACUCAUGACUUGCGAAUUUGCAAUAAAAAGUAGCAAAAAUAGUUUCGGUUUCUUUUGACUGAUCUCCAGCAGGUCUUUCCUUCUUGGGGAAGUUCCUGCACAGAUGGUGUCCUUGUGGUGGUGACAUGAAAACUCACCGAGUGCCACGGGUUCAACGUAAGAGAGCAAAAAGCCUCAGGCAGGGAGUAUGCUUGCUUUCACCAUGCACCCGAGAGCAGCCUGUUUCAGUAGCCCCAAAACUGACGACUCCUGCAAAGCAGGAAGUUUUUCGGCAAGGAGUGGUGCAAUUUCAUGUCCAUCAGAAGGAUGGCAUUCUCGUGUGCACAGAAUUCUUCUAUGGGAGCUGCUUCUUAGGAGCCAUGUGCCCCCGACACCACACGCCCCGUCCCUACCACUGGCAGCUCAGGGAAUCCCAGUCUAAGCAGUGGGUCAGCAUCUCACACUCUGCCCAGCAACACCUGGAAGCCUUGUACUGCAACCACACCGUCGACACAGCCACCUUGAAGGAAAGCCCAGAAGCUUCAGCGAGCUGGGAGUUGGACUUGCAGACCCUCUUAAUUAAAAACAGCUUGAUAUACAACAAAGCACGAAGACUGGCCACCACCUCAGAUCCAGUCACCAGUUACUCCUUCCACGUGGACUGGGUCAUAUACUGGCAGGAGGAGGAAAGCUGGAAUACCUACCAGGAGCCAAUUGCCACUUACUUGAACGCGGCAUUUGAGAAGGGCAUGUGGAACCAAGCCUUCUCUUUGAAAGACGUGAUCUACAAUGUGGACUUGAAGAAGUUCACUCAGCGCAACGUGAAAACUGGCUUCACUAGAAGCAUUCGCCGAAGACCACGCUUCUUCUCCGAUGUGCGUCUUUCAAGGAAUUUGCAGAGAGUGAACAAUUCCAUCCCGGGAAUUUCUUUUGACAGUCACCCAACCUUUUCAAGAAACCCUUUUUUGCCUGCCUUUAGAAACUACCCUCCCACCUGGGUUCCAGGCCUUCCUGAAGAGGGGAUAUUUGCAAAGAUCCCUGUGCCAGUAUCUAGCAUAACAUAUAGGCACAUUUAUAAACUUUUUCAUAAAACUGUCCCAGAAACUUCAGCCUGUAUCACUGCCAUUCACCAGAUCCAGAACCCCUGGCUAUGGGGUAAAUAUGAGAACCAGAGGGAUUUCAUGGCUCAGCGGUCUGCUGGGGAGGGCAGCCUCAUCAAUGAGAUGCAUCUCUUCCACGGCACGACACAGAGCGCGGUGGAGGCCAUUUGCAGGAUGAACUUUGACCCCCGUCUCUCAGGCAGCAAGAACGGCCAUGUCUAUGGCCAGGGUACGUACUUCGCAAGCGAGGCCAGAAGCUCCGCCAGAUACAACCCUGAGGAGACCACGGAACGCUACAUGUUCCUCGCCAAGGUCCUUGUUGGCAAGUGGGUGGUAGGGGAGGCUUCGUUUCGCCGGCCCCCACCUAUCAAAGACUCUGAUCCCAGUGGGGAUCUCUAUGACUCCUGUGUUAACCAUAAUACAGAGCCUACAAUGUUUGUCAUUUUUGACAGCUGCCAGUGCUACCCUUAUUUCUUGAUUCAAUACAGAAACUAUACAGACAGUAUUAUAGUGAGUUAACCGUUGCAAACUAGCUGAUGCUGUAGAACAGUGGAUCACCAGGAUCCAGAUUGGGAACCAAACACCUGCUGCUUUGCAUACUAUCCACUAAUCCUUAAGGUUGCUGCUGGAAGAGGUGUUAGUGGGCCCAGCAGGGGGCGCUCACCCUGCGGUCCAUGUGGGU